CCCUGUUUAUAUUAGGGACAAGCUCAUUGUUGUGUCUUACAAGUUACAAUGGCUGUUCCUGUUGCUCUUAGCUUCUUCCUUCUCUUAUCUCUCACCCUCUUUUCUCCAACCCAUGGACGAGUUUUCUCACAAAAUUCCCACAUCAAAUUACCAUCAGAAUCAGAAUCUCCUCUAAGAAACAAACUAACCCACCUCCACUUCUACUACCACGACAUCAGAAACAGCAACAACCCCACAAUUGUCCAAAUCAUUGACACCCCUAAGAACGUUCCAAAUGGGUUUGGUUCCACUUUUGUGAUGGAUGAUGCCAUGACAGAAGGGCCAGAACUGAGUUCCAAGCAGAUUGGAAGAGCUCAGGGUUUGUUUGGUUUGGCUUCUUUGCAGGAUCUUGGGAUGUUCAUGUUGACAAAUUUUGCUUUCACAGAGGGUAGUGAGUAUGCAGGGAGCACGCUCAGCAUGGUUGGGAGGAAUCCCAUAUCGGAGCAGAAUAGAGAAAUGGCUAUUGUUGGUGGUACUGGAGUGUUUAGGUUUGCUAGUGGCUAUGCCAUUGCAAAUAGUCUUAAUUCUGUUUCUACCCCUGAGCAUUUUAUUGUGGAGUAUAAUGUCACUGUUUCUCAUGCCUGAAAUGCCCUUUGUUAAGAUAUUUACUAGAGAAGAGAUGCUUACUAGUGGUAGUGUACUUGUCAAUAAAUGGCUGAAGCUUGCCCUGUGUUUUUGUCAAUUUUAAUGAAGUUUGCAUAUAUACUAA